AUGGCUGUCUUUGCGGUGAUCGGGAUAGGACUGGUCAUCUACUGGGUCAUCCAGAGCAUUUACCGGCUGUAUUUCCACCCGCUGAGCCAUAUCCCCGGACCGAAACUGGCUGCAAUCACCCAUGGCUACGAAUUCUAUCACAAUAUCAUCAGGGGCGGUCUCUUCAUCUGGGAACUCGAACGAUUGCACCAAGUAUACGGACCAAUCAUCCGCAUCAACCCGCGUGAGGUCCACAUCAAGGACCCCGACUACUACGAUGAGAUCUACGCCUCGAGCCUCCGCAAGCGCGAAAAGGAUCCCGUCCUGAUCAAGCAGUUCGACCUCGAAGGCUCCAGCUUCUCCAGCAUCGACCCGGAGUCUCACCGGCAGCAGCGCGCACCCGUCGAGAAAUACUUCUCGAAGCGAGCCAUCGAAAAGAUGGAGGGUCUGAUCCACGAUAGCCUCGACAGACUCGUCUACCACUUCAAGGAAGCCUAUUCCUCGCAUCAGGUCGUCAGCCUGGACGCGGGAUUCGCAGCGUUAACUUCCGACGUUAUCCACAAGUACGUGUACGGGUUCAACCCCGGCAACGUCGACAAGGAGGGGUUUAACGCCAAGGUCAGAGACGGGGUCAACGGCCUCUUCCGACUGGCGCACCUUCUGUACUUUUUCCCCAUCUUGCAGACCAUCAUGAACUUGACGCCGCUGGGGUUCCUGCGCAAGUUCAACCCCCCCGCCUUCGCUCUUGCCAGUCAGAAGAAGGAACUGUACGAUCGGGCCGCGGCCUCGCUGGAGAAUGCGCACUCCAAGGACAGCGGCACCGGGGCUGUGAUUGAUGCUCUUGCGGCGCCGACGAUGCCGGCGCGCAUGCGCAAACCGGAGCGGCUGAUGAACGAGGGAUUUUCCCUGGUGAUUGGUGGCACGGAGACGACGGCUCGGUCGCUUGCGCUCGGCGCGUGGCAUUUGUAUAGCCGGAAAGAUAUUCGGAACAAGCUCAGAGAAGAAUUGAAGCAGGUGAUGCCUGCGCCGGAUUCGAGAACAACCUGGAAUCAACUGGAACAGUUGCCUUAUUUGUCUGCCGUUAUCGCUGAAUCCCUGCGUCUCUCUACUGGUAUCGCGAGUCGCUCCGCAAGAGUCGCGCCUACCGAGGCGUUGGUAUAUAAGAACUACACUAUACCACCGGGGACCCCCAUCAGCGAAACAAACUACUUCGUCCUUAUGGACCCCGAAAUCUUCCCCGACCCGCACGCAUUCGACCCCGAAAGAUGGAUGCGCGCUGCUGCAAAGGGACAGCGGCUCGAUCGGUACCUGGUGAACUUCUCCAAGGGAAGCCGGAUGUGUGUUGGCUUGAAUCUGGCAUAUGCGGAGCUCUUCCUAGUAAUCGCGACGAUGGUGCGCCGGUUUGAUAUGGAGCUGUAUGAAACGCCCAAGAGCAAUAUUGAUCUUGCCCGGGAUUUUGGCACCCCGUACCCUGAGAAGGGGAAUUUGAGUGUACGGGCGAUUAUUACGAGUGUCAUCGAGUAG